GCUGUGCGCGCGCGCGCCCCGGGGCGGCAGGCUGCGGAGGCUGCGUGGGCAGUGCGGCUGUCGGCGCGGUCGGGGCCAUGUCGGGCCGCCCGGCGCGGCAGGAGGAUGGGGAGAGCGCGGCGCUGCGCCACAAGGAGGAGCUGAGCCGGCGGAUUAAAGAGCAGAAGGUUGUAGUCGAUGAGCUUUCUAAUUUGAAGAAGAACCGGAAAGUUUAUAAACAGCAACCCAAUAGCAACAUAUUCUUCCUUGCAGACCGGACAGAAAUGCUGUCUCAGUGCAAAAAUACAUUAGAUGAAUUAAAGAAGGCACAUCAGGAGCUGGAAAAUUCGGAAAAGGCUAAAAUCAGGAAGUAGUUGAUGUGAAUUCCCUGUUGCAAUGUGUGGUAUUUGCUGUGUUGUUACCUUGUGCAGCCAGCGUGCAAUUCAUGAUUUUCUCAGUGAAGACAUCCUCUGCCAUCUAAGAAGAAGAGGACCAGACAGUAGCCAACAGUUGAUAAAAACUGUGUCUGAUCUCUCCUAUGAAUGUCUGUUUUCAGGCCAUGUACUUCACUUGAGGGGACUGGUGACUCCUCAGCCUCUGGAAGAUGCCAGUAACAAUGUUUUUCUUUGGAACGGAGAAAUUUUUAGUGGAGUGCAUGUAGGAAAUCUAGAGAAUGACACUGAAGUAAUGUUCCAUCAUCUGGCUUCAUGCAGCAGUGAAAUGGACAUUCUGUCACUCUUCUCAUCGCUUCAGGGUCCCUGGUCUUUUAUUUAUUAUGAAGCACCCAGACACAGUUUAUGGUUUGGCAGAGAUUACUUUGGUCGUCGUAGUCUGCUUUGGCAAUUCAGUAAUGAAGUUGACAAUGCUUUCUGUCUCACAUCUAAUCACUGGUAGGGCAGGACUGAAGGAAUUAGAAGCCAUUAACCCUUCAAGAACCUGGAACUUUGUGGAAAUUAACGUUACACUAG